AUGGAACAACAAGGUGGUAAGCCAUCGCGCAACAUACAGGCAUGCUUAGAAUGCCGAAAGUCUAAGCUGAAAUGCGAUGGUAUGCAAAAAGCUGAUUCGACUUGCUCUCGAUGCAAAAAGAGAGGUCGUAAAUGUACAUGGACUCAUCAAUUACCCGUCGCUAUGAAUGCAGCCGACGAAUCACAAACUGCAAGCACUUCCCAACCAUCAUUCUCAGUCCCUUCUCCCGGACGCCUUGCAGCCUACAAUGAUGCAAUAGCACUCAUGAAUCCCAGACAGUAUCCUUCCCCAAGCCAAAAUUCAGGAUCAGGGCCAUCACAUCAUGCAUCGCCAUCAACCCGCAAACGUCCAUGGGAAGGAGAUGAGGAUCAAUUCGAUAAGCCUUAUCCUACAUCACAUAGUGUUGCCCAGCAAAGACUGAAACAUGCAACUUCUUGGUCUAGACGUCGUUCAUCCAGAUCCCUAUCACCCGACGAAUCGACUGGAAUUGAUAGUGCUAUUAUUAGUAGAGAUCAUUCUGGAUCGCCACCCCCUAUUUCAGAGGCAACUGCACCCGCACCGAUGAUCUCGCUUCGUGAAGUGGCACUAAUAUCACCCGAUAAGAAUGAAGAGCAUCCUUCACACGAUGCCAAUCCGACGGGAAUGGGACUUCCAGUACAUCCACAGAUCGAAUCAGGCGCAAAACAGAGACAUGAUAAAGCUGUAUUGGACAUGCAAAUUAUGCAGCAGAGACAAGGCUGGACAAAAGACAGGAUAGCAGAAGCCAGUGCAGAAAGACGACAUUUCUUCGAACAAACAAUCAUGCCAGAGGCAGACAACUUGCAUAGUCUUGAUGCAUUGCACACCGGUCUGAUCAACGAGGAUGAUUGUGAACGGUUGUUCGAUCUCUAUUAUCGUUUUAUUCAUACCCAACACGGCAUGAGCGAUCCAAAUGUUGAAACAUGGCAAGUUGUUCGAGCCAGAUCACGAGCACUAUUCAUCACAAAAAUAGCGUGUGCAGCUGCAGUCGAUCAAAAUGACCGAUCGAGAAAACGAAGAGAAGCAUUGAUUAAAAACAUGGAAGAAGUAGUCACACGUUUGCUUCUAGCCAAUGCCAAAAGCGCCGAUAUUGUCAAAGUAUUUAUCUUGGCUUAUCUUUUUGUGCAGAAAUCCGACUCGGCUGCCAAUGAUCGAUGCUGGCUUUUGGUGGAUGCGGCAAACAGAGCAGCAGCAGAACUAGGAUUGGGCGCACGCCUUCGAUCGUCCAGAGUAUCGAUCUUUGAUACAGAUCAUUUUGUGGACAGGAAUCAAGAACGAGCUUGGAUUUGCGCUGCUGUAAUGCAGAGGAGUUUGGGUACCUCGACGGGUCAAUGGUCUUUGACAAAAUUGGAUGUGAAGUGGGACAAAUUGGAAGCAUGGAGUGAUAGCAAAAUGGCAUUACCGGGUGAUGUACAACUGGUAGCUUAUCUCUUCUCUCGUCGGAUCGAGUAUCAAGCACGUUCAGAUUUUGAACGAAUCGAUUCUGACCGAAUGAUGACGCUAGAAAGUGUACGGGCAGGUUUCAAUGCCUUGUUUGAUUGCUGGCAAAAGAGAUGGGUAAAGCAUCCCAAAUUGAUCGGACAUGAUUUCUUAAGAAACUUUCUCAAGACGAUUUCCAUGCACAUUCAAUUAUUGCUCAAUAUUACCGCUCUAAAAUUGGCAGAAGGUGGUAGGAGAAGGAAGAGAAGUUAUUAUCGUGAUAUGAGCGAAUAUUGUCGAGAGGAUUGCUAUCGAAUGGCUUCAGAAUUAUGCACGCAUUUUCUCGAAAGCUUCCGAGGAAAAGCGCAUUAUCUGUGUCGCAAUAUUGUAUCGAUGGUGGUAUGGGCAGCAAUGGCACUUGUUCAAAUGGAGCCGGAAAAAGGACGAUUCCUGGCAUUGAAUGUUGCUUUGACGUUGGCAGGAGAUGCGAAUGAUUUGGAUUUUAAGAACAACCUUUCCAGCUUUUAUGGACGCAGUCUUUUAUCGAUGAUUAAUGAUUUGGCUGGAAGUGCAGGCAGCCUGUCUAGAAAGCGAUCUCAAUCCAUCUCGCAUCGAGGCCGUCAACGUACGAAGGAGGCCUCGAGUUUACUGGCAAGUACAAAUGGUACUACCGCCAAUUCAGCCAGCAGGGAUGGUAGAAAUUCAAGCAUUGCAUCUGCAUCAUCACCUAAUCCGAGAUCGAUAUCCAGUGAUACUUCUCGUACGGAAGGUGACAAGUUCAAUCCUGAAAGACAUGUUCAAGAACAAAUGUGGUCAGCUGAAAAGAUGUUAUCAUCAAUGGCAGCACCUUUAAGUGCAGAUCCAUUUAACGAAGCAUGGUUAAAUCAAUUUUUGGAUAAUAUUGCACCUUCGUCUGCUCAAGUUAGUUGGCAACAAGAUUUACAGACCUUGCCUCCGAUGCCGAUCAAUUCGAAUUCACUUCCUUCUCAUCUCGAUCAACAAAGUAUGCCGCUGAUUUCUCCUCAAGUUGCACAACCGCCUUACAAUGUCAGUCAUACUCCUACUUAUGAUAUGCCCACUCAACCUUCUAUGCAAAUGUUUUGA